CUUUGCAGACAUGUCCUUGUUUGUGCGUUUUAAUCAGCGAUUGGAAAAUAACAGGUAGCCUUGUCCGUCCGCCUCUCGCACCCAUAUACACCCAGGAGGGAAGAGAGGAAAAAUAAAACAACAAUAAACCCCGUUUGACGCCGCUGCUCGGCUCUUUUCCUGCGUGUUGUGUUUUUUUUGGGUGCCGACAGAAGAGGCAGUCCGCAGGAGACAACAGCCGGGCUGAACGCAACGUGUUUGUCAGUGAGUGUCACCGCAGUCGGGCUGUGUUUUUAUGUGAAACAGGCUGAUUUAAUGGGGCUGCCGUCAGCCCGUCUCGCCGCCUGUGGACAGCUGGUCUCCGCCUGGAUUUAGACCCUUUAAAGACGACAUUGUGGAUAUGGAAUGGUGCAUGCCGCUGGGCCAAGUUUUCAGCCUCUGAAAAACACCGGAAUCAUGGACAGUCAUCCGCUAUGCACCAGACUUUGUCCACACGCUCUGGACAAAGAAGAUGGCGUCGAGAGGCAAGGUCCUGUCACUCUGAACCCUCGGCACAUGAGGAAGGCGUUCAAAGUCAUGAACGAGCUGCGCAGUCAGAGCUUGCUGUGUGAUGUGACCAUAGUGGCGGAGGAUGUAGAGAUCGCUGCUCACAGGGUCGUCCUGGCAGCUGGGAGCCCAUACUUCCACGCUAUGUUCACAGGUGAGAUGGCAGAGAGCCGGGCGAAACGAGUGAGGAUAAAGGAGAUGGACGGUUGGACUCUGGGCCUGCUGGUCGACUACAUAUACACAGCAGAGAUACAGGUCACAGAGGAUAACGUGCAGGCGUUGCUGCCCGCUGCCGGCCUGCUCCAGCUGAAUGAGGUGAAAAAGGCUUGUUGUGAGUUCCUGAGCUCUCAGCUUCAUCCGUCCAACUGUCUGGGAAUACGAGCCUUCGCUGACCUGCACGCCUGCUCUCAGCUCCUCACACAGGCCAACAGCUACGCAGAGCAACAUUUUACGGAGGUGGUCGGGAGUGAAGAGUUCCUCAAUUUGGGCAUGGAGCAAGUGUCCAGCCUGAUCGCCAGUGACAAGCUCACCAUCCCCACAGAGGAGAAGGUGUUUGAGGCGGUGAUCGCUUGGGUCAACCACGAUAAAGACGUCCGUCAGGAGCACUUGGCUCACCUGAUGGAACAUGUUCGCCUGCCGCUUCUCUCCAGAGAAUACCUGGUGCAGCGGGUGGAGGAGGAGUCUCUGAUUAAGAAUAGCAGUGCGUGUAAAGACUACCUGAUUGAGGCCAUGAAGUACCACCUGCUGCCAGCCGACCAGAGAGCUCUGAUGAAAACUGCACGCACACGCAUGAGGACUCCAGCCUGCUGCCCUAAGGUGAUGGUUGUGGUUGGAGGUCAGGCUCCCAAGGCCAUCCGCAGUGUUGAAUGUUUUGACUUUGAGGAGCAGCGGUGGUACCAGGUGGCUGAGCUCCCGACCAGGAGGUGCAGAGCAGGUGUGGUGUACGUUGGUGGGUGCGUGUAUGCAGUUGGCGGUUUCAAUGGUUCUCUGCGUGUGCGGACGGUCGACUGUUACGACCCGAUGAUGGACCGCUGGACGAGUGUUAGCAGCAUGCAAGACCGCCGAUCAACGCUUGGGGCUGCUGUGCUCAAUGGACUCCUGUACGCUGUGGGGGGCUUUGACGGCAGCACAGGUCUGUCGACAAUCGAGGCGUACAACGCCAAAACAGAUGAGUGGUUUCACGUGUUACCCAUGAGUACCCGAAGAAGCAGUGUAGGAGUGGGUGUUGUCAAUGGGAUCCUUUAUGCAGUUGGAGGUUAUGACGGUGCGACCAGACAGUGUCUGAGUACAGUAGAAGCUUACAACCCUAAGAGCAACACGUGGAGCUACAUCGCAGAGAUGGGAACGAGACGCAGUGGAGCAGGUGUAGGUGUGUUAAAAGGUUUAUUAUAUGCGGUUGGGGGUCAUGACGGUCCGUUGGUGAGAAAGAGUUGUGAAGUUUAUGAUCCGGCCUCUAACAGCUGGCGACAAGUAGCUGACAUGAACAUGUGUCGACGCAACGCAGGUGUAUGUGCUGUAAAUAACUUACUGUAUGUGGUGGGAGGAGACGACGGCAGCUGCAAUUUGGCCUCUGUGGAGUUCUACAAUCCAAACUCAGACAAGUGGACGCUACUGCCGACCUGCAUGAGCACAGGACGCAGUUAUGCAGGUGUGACGGUGAUCGACAAGCCCUUAUGACUGCUCUUGACGCCUGCCACUGAUUCGGAGCACAACGUAUUCUCCUGCUGAAUACUGAUCUUGGAUCUGUCUACGAUGCCAAUGCUUCGAUGUUGGGCAGCAUUAGCACAGGCACUGACGAGGAUGAAGAAAAUGACAAGAUUGUUGUUGUUUUUGGGGAUGACGAUGAAGAUUUUUUGCACUUACCUGAAAAGGGGAGCUGUAACAAACGAGGGGAUCGUGUUUUAAUCCCCCUCUGGCAGGACUGCCGCAAGCGACUGGACAAAACCAGUUUGAAGCACCACUGCAGUGUCAUCGAAAACGCUACUGAUAUGAAGCUACUAUAACUACAGAGUGACUCUAACAUUAGUAAUGUUAACAUGAACCAGCUCUGAGCGAGACCACUGAUCUCAUCUGUGGGAAAGGACUGAAACAUUUGUUCUCCUCCGUUUUUAUCCUGAAACGUGUGUGUGUCUGAGUGAGUGUGUGUGUGUGUGUGUGCGCGCGCGUGCGCUUGCAUUUAAAGGUGCUCCUCUGCUUGCACAUGUGAGCAUGUGUGUUUGUGUGCAUCUGUGUGGUGACGCCUGGUCCGACGCCGCAUGAACGCACUCUGUCUGACCUCUGACCUUUUACAGUGUUGCAGUGUGGCUGUUCAAGAGUGCCUGAAUGUCAAAUUACGCCCCGCCCUCCCUCGUCUUUCCCGUUGUUAUGCCUCGAGUACUGUUACUGGUCAGAGCGCAGCUGGACUUGGCAGGAUACAUUCGAGAACUCACAGAUCGGCGACGAUGUGUCGGUUGCGUUAGCCCGCAUGAAUUCAGAACAGCGACGUGAGAAAAUGUACAUUUCUUCUAUAAAAAAAAACACAACAGUGGAACACUUUUCUUCCAAAGGAGAAGGGUCAUUCAUGUUGCCAAAAACAGUGACAGACGGAGGGAGAAGCUGUUUGGGAUGAAAAACAGUUGGAUGUAUCAGUGCUUUACUGUCACCCGGCAGCCAUCUUUGCUGUGGUUGUAACCACUAAUGACAACAACAGGCUGAACUCACUGCAUGGUCCCUAAAACCUCCUUCCCUUUAACAGCACCCUCCUCCUCCUCCUCCUUUUGGUGUAGCAACCCUAUAAACUACUGCACACCCUGACGUACUAUGAAUGUGCCAAUUUUAAUAUGUCUCUUCAUUUCUGUCUCUCUUUACUAUUUUACUAAUCUGUUCUCUCUCUUUCUGGAAAGUGACCAAACCUGCUCUUUGAGUUUCCGUUUCUUCAGUCUCUUUCUCUUCCCUCGCCUCCCAUAUUGGAAAAAAAAAAAAAGAAAAUGCUAUAAUAGUAACUGGUAUCGCUGUUUUCUUGUCAGUGUAUUGAGGAAUGUCAUGUAGGCUAAUGACUUUGAAAAUGUUUCAUUACUUGUUUUAUAUUAUCAUUAAUAAAUAUGCUUCUUGUAUUUAAAGCUGUGAAAUGACAUAAUCUGUUUUUAAAACUUUGCCAAAUCAGUAAA